AUGUGGAUUCAAAAAGUGGCAGUUGUUGCGUCCUUGGUGGGAUGCAUGUCGGCGGCUGCAACGUCGGCCAACCAUGCCAAAUGCAAAACAUCCACGUUCCAAGGGUUCAUCAAUGCAAAUGGCACCAAUGCAGUCGUCCAAUCUGUGACAUACAUCCCUGAAAAUGGCGCUUUCAACCCCAUGAACUAUACUUCCUCCACGGAAUACCCCACCAAGCUCCCCGAGUCGUGUGCCGUUCAGGUGAAUGUUGCCUCUGAGGGGAACUCAAGCUAUCUAAUUGGAAUGAUCCUGCCAUAUGAUUGGAAUGGUCGUCUGCUUUCAGCUGCCGCCGGAGGGGGUAUCAAUUGGGUGGAUAUGGGCACUGGAAACCAUUAUGGAUUCGCCACUCUAUCCAGCAAUCUUGGCCACACAGGUAUCGAUACCACCGGAACCUGGGCAAUUGGUAGACCAGAAGCCGUGAUCGACUGGGGCCACAGAGCGUGGCAUGGAACAACUAUCCUGGGGAAGCUUUUGAUCAACCAAUGGUACGGCUCCGCCGCCGAGUACAGCUACUUCUACGGAUGCUCAACCGGCGGACGACAGAGCAUGAAGAAUAUGCAGAUGUAUCCUGAGGACUAUGACGGUGUGAUUGCUGGUGCGCCUGCAUGGUGGACAACCCACCAGCAACUGUGGAAUCUGAAACAAACAACCUAUCAGGCACCCGCAAAUUCGUCCCAUACGAUCCCCGAGAAGAUGUUCGACAUUUUGGCCGCAGAAGUGAUCAAACAAUGUGAUCCACAAGAUGGCCUCAGUGACAAUAUCAUCUCGGACCCGCGGGGCUGCAAUUUCAAUGCUAAUACUUUGGCUUGUAAUGCGACUAGCUUGACGGAUGAAUGCCUCACUGCUGACCAGCUCACUACAUUGCACAAGCUGUACAAUGAUUGGGUCGAUGUGAAUCAAACAUUCGUGUAUGGUCACUUGUGGCUGGGCAGUGAGGCGUCAUGGUUACUGGGAAAUGUUGGACUGGGCGAGAAUAGCACAAUCGAACAGCAGUACUGGUAUCCUCGAGAUCUCAUGGGUCUUGGGGAUAGCUUUUCCUGGCAGGACCUCGACUAUAGCACUGUCCAGCUCGCCGAGAGAUUGAACCCUGGAAAUGCGACCGCGGACAAGUUUGACAUCAGCGACUUCCAGAAGCGCGGCGGCAAGUUCCUUCAUUACCAUGGGCUGUCAGAUGCCUAUGUCUCCCCAGAUGCCAGUAUCUAUUACUACGACCAGGCCUCCAGUGCCGUGGAGCCCCAAGGAAUCGAGAUGGAUGAUUUCUAUCGCCUGUUUCUCAUCCCUGGAAUGGAACACUGUCUUUCCACCCCUGACAACAUGAAUGCUCCCUGGUACAUCGCCGGUCCAGACCAAGCUGCAACAAUCAAUACUGGAACCUACAGCACUCCUGGAUAUCGAGACUCGCGCCACGACAUUGUUCUAGCGAUGAUGGCUUGGGUCGAGAACGGAACUGCACCCAAUGAAAUUGUCGCUACAAAGUGGAAGAACGAUACGACGGCCGACGAAGUUUUGCGCCAGCGUCCUAUUUGCCACUACCCUUACCAGGCAAAGUAUAAUGGCAAGGGCGACCAGAACGACGCGGGAAGUUGGACUUGCAAAAUGCUGUAUUGA